GAUGCUGUUCUCUGAAAGGCUGUAUUCUGGGACCAAGCCUCACCAAAAUUCUCACCAUGGAGAACUGCUUGUGAAUGCUAAUUAUGAGCAAUAAGCAAUGAGUCUAUCAAGUGGUGAAGAGCUGCAGUUCUCAGGCUCUGAAAUGCCUGUGGGAAAUCAGUAUUGAUAAAUGCAAGCUGAAAUGCAUUAAAUGAUGGGCUGUCAAUGUGUUUUUUUACCAGUUUAUCAGGAGUGAUUAAAGACAAUGGAGCCAGACUUUUUAAAUGCAUUUACACAGCCUUCUGCUCUUGAUCGAUUCCUAUCUGAGGAUGCCAUCACUAAAGGUGAGAAGAGGAAACUCAUAAAACAGACCUCAAACAACCCCAGACUGGAAGAAUUGAAACUGUUCUUGACUGAGUGGAUUAACAGAACUCUGAAAGAGGAACACAUAGUAGUUAAAAGUCUGGAGGAAGACCUGUAUGAUGGGCUGGUACUUCAUCAUCUCCUGGAAAACUUAGGAUCUCUCAAGCUGGAUGUUGCCAAGAUUGCAUUAACAGAAAAAAAGCAGCGGCAGAAACUCUCUGUGAUUCUGGAAGCUGUGGCCAAGUGUUUGCAACUGGAAGAAAGUCAGCUGAAAUGGAGUGUGGAAUCUAUCCUGGGAAAGGAUUUACUGAGCACACUGCAUCUUCUGGUUGCAAUAGCAAAGCACUUUGAACCCACCCUGGCUCUGCCUCCAAACGUUCAAGUGGAGACAAUCACCAUCGAGACUACCUCUGGAGGAUUAAAGACAUCAAAUGCAGUGGAAUAUAUCACAGAAAACAAAGAGAAUAUAGAAGCUCAGACAAAAGAUGAUGCCUUUGAUGAGUUAUUUAACUCUGCUCCAGAUAAACUGGAUGCUGUAAAAAAGGCACUUUUACAAUUUGUUGACCAGCAUGUUGGAAAAUUAGGAUUAAAUGUGAAAGACAUCGAAUCUCAGUUUUCAGAUGGGGUAAUCUUACUUCUCUUAAUUGGACAACUAGAGGGUUACUUCCUGAAUUUAAGGAAUUUCUUCCUGACUCCAGCCAGCACCAUGGAGAUGCUCCACAAUGUUAACCUGGCAUUGGAGUUGCUAGCAGAGGGAGGUCUUCUGAAUUUUCCUGUGAACUCUGAAGAUAUUGUGAAGGGAGAUAUGAAGGCUAUAAUGCGAGUUCUGUACUGCUUGUAUUCCAAAUACAGAACCAAAGAAGCAUGAAGAACAAGGCCAUGAGCUCAAGCUGCCUUUUUUUUGUUUGUUUUUUUUUUUCCCCUAGCAGGCCAUGGUGUAAUUAUUGGACUCCCACCUCUGUUUGCCACUGGUGUUUGAUACUUGCUGUAUUAACAUAGUAUAGCAAAUAUGUUGUUCAUGCAAGAUUUCACAUCCACAGCCUGUACAACUGUAAAUGUGUGUUCACAGCUCAUGUACUGUGUAAUUCUGGGACUGCAGCUCUUGUUUCAGAUCCUGCUUUCUGUUUCCUCUGAGCCCUGCCAGUGCUGCAAAUAAAUUAAAUGUGUGUUUAUUCUGGGCCCUGCA